CGUUUGUGAGAUCUCAACUGAACACAGUCUCUCUCUGAAGACGUGCAAAGCAACUUCGACAAGAUUGGCUAGGGCUGUGGUAGGGAGACACCGUUGGCAAUUUGUUGUAAUUCUCCAGUUGCCUGAUUGGAUAUUUGGUCUUCCUUCACUUAUAAUAGGCGAUACACGGUCUCUAGCGCUGUGCUCGUACUUGUCGACGAUAUACAAGGGUGCUACAAGUGUACCGAAAAUCCAUAGGGAUCGUGGGACCAUCUCCGCCGAGUAGAGUCAUUCUCGGCUCAAGUUCUACAUAAAGAUAGUCAUGGAUCACCGUCCACGUACCGGCCAGAGGAGUGUAGACACCGAGUCUUUCGUUCUCGACUCUGGAGCCUCAAGCUUGCACCUGGAUGAGCCUGUGCGCCCAGAGUUGCCACCAUGGCGUUUCUGGCUCUUGUGUCUUGGAAUUCUUCUGGGUCUAAUGCUGGCCUUUCUCGAUACCUCCAUCGUCGCCACCUGUCUUUUUGAGAUAGGACAUGAUUUCGGUACAUUAGACACUGUGAACUGGGUCGCAUUGGCCUAUACCCUUUCAUAUCUUGGGUGUGCCGUCUUGUUGGCUCGAGUGACUGACAUCGUCGGUCGUCGCAAUGCCUUCAUCGCGUCUUACAUCAUAUUCAUCGCAUUCUCGAUCGCAUGUGGCUUCGCUCAGAGCAUAGAUCAGCUGAUAGCAUGUCGAGCCUUACAAGGACUUGGGGGUUCGGGGUUAUAUUCCAUAUCAAUGAUAAUCCUCCCAGAAGUCGCUCCGUCAAAGCUAAGGCAGUUUAUCGGCGGGUUAAUCGGAAUCGUGCUCACAGUAUCAAGCGUAUUAGGACCGCUUAUAGGUGGCGCAUUGACCCAUUACUCGACGUGGCGUUGGGUCUUCUGGAUGAACGGUCCCAUUGGAGCGGCAUCGGUGGCCCUCUUCUACUUUACGUGGCCGAAACCUCAGUACUUACCAAUUGUUGACCAAAGGACCUGGGGGGAACUCGACUAUGUCGGGUCAGUACUGCUGAUAGCCGCUUCGGUGUUGGUUGUUUUCCCCUUCCAGAAUGUCGGAGACUUCGCAAACCAGUGGUCAAAGCCGGUUUUCAUCGUCCCACUUCUUCUUGGGGUUUUAUCCUGGAUAGCCUUGAUCCUCUGGUCUAUCUUCAUCGAAUGGCGCUGGAAAGAUGCGAUAAGUGCUGCAAUCCCUAUGCGUCUUCUACGCGAUCGUAUUUACGCCUCGACCGUUCUGAAUACCUUAAUCGUCGGAUUUCCAUACCUAGUCGUCAUAUAUACCUUUCCCCUCCGAUUGCAGAUAGUAAAUGGUAAAGAUGCUUUCACGGCUGGCCUUAUGCUGCUUCCAAUGCUGGGAGCCACCGCUGUGGGCUCAUUCAUCUCAGGAGCGAUCAGUAGGAAGACAUGCAAGGUGUUUGAGAUGUUACUGGCGGGUGCAUGCUUGGUGCUUCUCGGCUGCGGGCUUUUGUCAACGCUGGCAGAUUCGCACGACCUGGAACCAAAGGCUCUGGGAUUUUUGGUUUUCGUUGGCCUUGGAUUUGGGAUGUCGGUAUCGACAGCGACGAUGGUAGCGGCCUUCCAACCCUCUGCCUUUGAUCAUGCUCCAGCCCAAGGCAUAAUAGCACAGGUUCGUGUGCUAGGAGGUAGCAUAGGGAUUGCGGCCAGUUCCGCCAUUGCGAAUGUUCUGCUUCAAGAGAACACUAAAGCUCUGGAACAAGGCCCACAACCUUCACCAAAAACCAACAAUACGCCUCCAACGCAGUUCGGACAACUCGAGACAGUAUAUUCAGAUGCGUUCAAUAGGGACAUGCGAGUAUGCGCAAUCAUCGCAGCUUUUGGAGUCUUCUCGACUUUCGGCACAUUUAGUCGACAUCGACUGAAUGUAGUUCAGCGCAGGGAGCAACAGCUGAAAGAAGCGAUGGAGAUGAAAGCUCAUCAAUCUUCUCACGCUCUGACUUCUACUGAUGAUGCUGAUUAGAAUCUCACCUUAGUUACACCAUGGUCGGUGGGGUGAUUCUGGAAGAAAUUGUGUAAUUUGUCAAGGAACACACAAUUGAAUAACGAGACUUUCCCCUUCUAUGAGACUCAAAAUUGUUUUAUGUAUGAAGGUUUAAUGUGUUAUAGCGUUGAGGGGCGUUUCUUUUCUCCUUAAGUGAUUUUUUGUAAAGAGGUUGUCCAUGAUCACAUGGCGGAAUGGGGAGAUAACUAACUAGUUACUUUAAAAGGCCCGCUUCUUAUGUGUCUACAUGCAACGAUAAGC